GCCCGCCCCCAGCGCAGGAGCCCCUGGCCCAGCUGGGCGUCCUGUCUGGGCCUGCCGGGGUGGGGCGGUGACGAGCCAGGGAGCUGAUGUCAUUUCCAGGUGUGUUCAGACGCUGCACAGGGCCCAGGAGAGCUGGGGCAUGGGGGCCUCUCCCGGGGCAGAGCCUAGGCGGGGCAGAGCCCAGGUGGUGCCCAGCCCCUGAGCAAAGUGCGGCCAGCCGGCCGGGGCAGCCCACCCUUGGGGCGUGCACCUCGGGGGCUCCCUCACUCCCUGCUGCCGGAGAGGCCCCCGCCUGCAAACCGGACAGGUCUGGCCAGCAGUGGCCCCGUCCCCGCUGCCCCACAUGGAGAGCUGGGCCCACAAUGGCACAGAGGCGCGGCCCGUGGGUUCCCCGUUCACUGAGACCGACUCAGAGGGGCCCCUGGGCCACGGGCUGGCCGGGGGCAGGAAGCCGGUGGCCCAGUGGACGGUGUCCGAGGUGUGCGCCUGGCUGAGCAGCAGGGCGUUGGGGGCACAGGGCCCACUGGUGCAGGCGGCACGGAGCCACGCCAUCUCCGGGAGGGCGCUGCUGAGGCUGACGGAGGGGACGCUGCAGAGGAUGGGAGUGGCGCCCGGGAGCCAGCGCCGGCAGCUCCUGCAGGAGGUGCUGCACCUGCGCUUACAGCAAGAGGUGCAGGAGCUCCUGGACAUCGCUGAUGAGUGACGAGCCGAGCCUGCGGCCCCAUGGGCACAGGAGCCAGGCCCCGGCGGAGCAGGACUGGAGCAGCGGCUGGGUGCGUGGCCUGGCACUUCCCCGGCAUGUGGGGCUCGGCAGGGCUGCGGAAGGACCAUGAGGCAGCUGGGAUCAGAGCACAGGCUGAUGCCCGUUACCCAUGGCAGGAGCACUGGAGGGGACUCGGAAACCCCCUACAUUAGGUGCCCUUUGCUCUCCGGCCAGACACGCUCCAGGACUGCAGAGAACGACACAGCGUCAAGGCAUGCUGAGAGCUGCAGCCUCUCCAGGGGCAAGUGGGAUCCCACCGCUGGCAGCAACGCUGCUCAGGCCCAUGGGAUUGGCCUCAGCGUGCUUGGGGGAGGAGACCCCGCUGGAUGCUGGAUAGCAGCUUCCCAUGCUCGUUACUCCAUGGUGCGUCUGGCUGUGCCCAGGGCCCCAAGAGAAGUGGCCGUGGGCAGCGGGUGGGGUUCAGAGAGGCUGUGUUCAUUCAGGGCUCGCCCCUCCACACCCUCCCGAUAGGACGGAGCAGGUUCAAGGGGCUCAUGCAACUUCACUCGAUUUAUUCCAUCUGAAAGCCCCUGGCAACCCCUUCCCUGAGACGUGAGUCAGGAGACCAGGCAUGCUUGCUGCACCGGCCAGCCCUGCUAUGUGACCCUACCAUAACAAACCACUGUGCCCUCUGCAGCCCUGCUGGGUGACCCUACAAUAACAAACCACUGUGCCCUCUGCAGCCCUGCUGGGUGACCCUACAAUAACA